GAGGAGUGGGUGCUGCAGCCCCAGUCCCCCUGGGGACGGGGGCAGGGAAGGCCUUUUUAUAAUUAAAAGGAAAAACUAAGAAGAUUAAAAGGAACAUUUUCCAGAAAAAGGACAAAUAAGGCAGAAGACACUGACGCGGAAAAUGUAGUGAUAAACGAAACGUUUCGUUUUUUCCAGGAUCUCUAAGGGGGCGGUGGUGGGGGUGGAGCACUGAAGAGUACUUUUAAUUUGGAAGUUCUAGGGGUUUUUCUUCUUUAUUUUUUAAGAGAAGCUAAGCGACAGGACCCCUUCUCCCUUAAUGGCCCCCAGAGCCAAGUCCGAGGGCGCCCGGGCGCGGGCACGCUGGGUGUGCAGCGGACCGGGUGCGGGGGCGGGAGGCGCGGCGCGCAAGGGGUUAAGGCGCUGAGCGCGGAGCCAUCUGGCCGGGUUGGCUGCUUAUAACCGCGCAGAUUAUGUUCACGGGACUCAGAGUUGAAGGCUCCUCUCCCUACCGACCAGCUCCGCGCACCGCCCCGCGACAGAGCCCGGCGCAACUUUCUUCCCUCUUCUUUCUUCUCCUUUUCCUCCUGCUGGGUGGUGGCUGGGGCGGGGUCGGGGAAGACUUUGGAUGACCCAGCUCGCGUCCACCUUUCUCUUCAUGUCGACGUCCCUGGAAUCAGUCACACGGAUGCCAUGGUUACUUCUGCCACGAUCUUACAGGUGAACAAGGUGAUGUCCAUCUUGUUUUAUGUGAUAUUUCUCGCUUAUCUCCGUGGCAUCCAAGGAAACAACAUGGAUCAAAGGAGUUUGCCGGAAGACUCGCUCAAUUCCCUGAUUAUUAAGCUGAUCCAGGCAGACAUUUUGAAAAACAAGCUGUCCAAGCAGGUGGUGGACGUUAAGGAGGGCUACCAGAACACCCUGCCCAAAGCAGAGGCCCCCCGGGAGCCGGAGCAGGGAGAGCCCGCCAGGUCAGAAUUCCAGCCCAUGAUCCCAAUGGACACGGAGUUGCUGCGACAACAGAGACGCUACAGCUCGCCCCGCGUCCUGCUGAGUGACAGCACCCCCUUGGAGCCCCCUCCCUUGUAUCUCAUGGAGGAUUAUGUGGGCAACCCCGUGGUGGCCAACAGAAGCUCCCGGAGGAAGCGGUAUGCAGAGCACAAGAGCCACCGUGGGGAGUACUCGGUGUGUGACAGUGAGAGCCUGUGGGUGACCGACAAGUCGUCGGCCAUCGACAUCCGGGGACACCAGGUCACGGUGCUGGGGGAGAUCAAAACCGGUAACUCUCCCGUCAAACAAUAUUUUUAUGAAACGAGAUGCAAAGAGGCCAGGCCAGUCAAAAACGGUUGCAGGGGCAUCGAUGACAAACACUGGAAUUCCCAGUGCAAAACGUCCCAAACCUACGUGCGGGCACUGACUUCGGAAAACAACAAACUGGUGGGCUGGCGGUGGAUACGGAUAGACACCUCCUGUGUGUGUGCCUUGUCGAGAAAAAUCGGAAGAACGUGAAUUGGCCUCUCUCCCCAUAUAUAAAUUAUUACUUUAAAUUAUAUGAUAUGCAUGUAGCAUAUAAAUGUUUAUAUUGUUUUUAUAUAUUAUAAGUUGACCUUUAUUUAUUAAACUUCGGCAACCCUACAGUAUAUAAGCUUUUUUCUCAAUAAAAUCCGUGUGCUUGCCUUCCUUCAGGCCUCUCCCAUCUGUUAAACCUUGUUUUGUGAUCCAGCUCUCGAGAGCUGCUCUGUAAAACUGUGUACGCAUUCACCAUUGUCAAGGCCAUGACUGUCGUCUUAGUAAACUUGUUAAAAUCA